AUGACAGGAGAACACGAUAUAGAGCCGCCUCAGGCAAACACAAAUUAUACAAUUGUCGCUCUUCUACAGCAAAUUGAGGAGAUCGACCUGUUCCGUGACAAACAAAAAGGAAAGGGUCGAGCUGAUGAGCUGUUGGACAUUGAUAUAGCCAUGGCCGCGUUUCGCGAUGAGGUGCAAAUACACAUAGGUGUCUCGAAUGAUCUUAAGCUUACUCAAAGUAUGGGUAAUGCUGUGUAUAUGGACGGCCCCGCGAUCGCAGGCAUCACGCAAGGAGAGGUACAAGCCCAGCGCGAUCGACAAAUGGCAAUGGCAAUGAGCGCCGAUGAUCCGGAACGUCAGAACCCUCCGCAGAGGAAUUUGCACAGCCAGUCCCAUCCUUUACACCUACCUCGGGGCUUCAAUGAAGAGGGUGAUGUGGAUCGUGGUUCUGAUGAAGACAAAGGUGGUCCGUCGAAAACAUAUGCGGAGCGCCAGGAGGAAGCGAUGGAGAAGCUAACACGACAAAAGCAACAAUGCUGUACCUGUUUCGAUAGCUUUCAAUUAAGCGACAUAGUUCGCUUGGAGUGUAAUGACCUCUACUGCACUGAUUGUUUUAAGAGCCUUUUCAUGAGAGCGACUAAAGAUGAGCAACUGUUUCCUCCCAGAUGCUGCCGCCAGCAUAUUCCCAUAUCGCUCAUCGCGGAAGAAAUGACUACUAAAGAAAGGGAUUCAUUUCAGACAGCAACAGUUGAAUUCGCUACGAUCAGCAGAACCUACUGCAGCAACACUGACUGUGGCAGGUUUAUAGUCCCGAAUAACAUAUUAGCCCAUCAGGCGAAGUGCGAGUACUGCGGCUCCUCAACCUGCACAAUGUGCAAAAAUACGUUUCACAAUGAUGAUUGCCCAGAAGACAUCGCUGUUCAGGAAACAAUGGAACUUGCUAGAAGCCAAGGGUGGCAGCGUUGCGUCUCCUGUAACGCGAUGGUUGAACUGACAAUAGGUUGCUACCACAUGACGUAUGAUUUAUUUCAAUCCUGGGCUCUUGUAUCCUUCUUGCAGCAGUGCUGA